UUCUCGGUCUCCUCAUUUCGAAGCAGAUCUGCUUACCCAACGACAGUUGCGCCCCAGACGAUCGACCUCAUUGAUCACGACAACUACACACCCCUUAUUCAUUGCAUCGUUCACAGGCACCUUUCGUGCGUGGGCAGGCUACUCGAAAGGGGCGCUAGGCUCGACCCCGUGUCCGAUACUGACCACGUACCCCUCAACCUCGCAUGUGAGCACGGCUCUCUAGAGAUCGCCGAGCUCCUUCUCAAGCACGGCGCUCAGCUGCUGCCCGAUGCCGAAGGGCUUUACCCACAACAUUUGGUGGCGCGGUCGGGGCAAACACCAAAGCUUCUUCUUCUUCUCAAGAACUAUGGAGCGGACCUGGAUCAAGUAGACAAGAUGUACGGAUGGACACCGCUUGUCCAUGCAGCAAGCGAAGGAAACGUUCCCUGUCUCCAGGCCCUGCUCGAUAUUGGCGCAGAUCCCGGCAUCCUUGACGAGAACGAGCUUCCAGCCAUGUACUACGCGGCGUGGGAAGGCCACCUGGAGUGCAUGAAGUUGCUCACGCCGUUCAACCAGAGCAGGAAGCAGAACCCGCUAGAGGCGCAGAUGGCCGGCCCCCUACCUCCCAUGAUGGGCAGCAGCGCACCCGUGCCUAUGUCGCUGGACACGGACGCAAUUCCAGUGCUCGAGCUUCCACCGCCCAUCAUCCCGCUGCGGCGGUACGGGCACAACUUCCUGGACACGAAGACGGUUGUCCAGCUCACUUUCGGGUUUGAUGGGGAGCAACCGCUCGUCUUUUUCCACGACAGCAAAUACCCCGCCUCCCGGCUCACCAUCUCGUCCAAAGUCUCGGACGUCAUCCCGAAGAACAUUAUGCUUCCUUUCCACGAAGAUACCCGGCUUGUCUCGUUCCAAAUAGACAGCUUCGACUCUUUCACGCUCGAUUUCGACGUGUUCCCAGCCUACGGUGCCAAGGUGAUUGCCAAAACGGUGGCGCUGCCCACCAUGUUCCAGGCUCUAUUGGACAGCAACACAGGCAACUGCUGUCUGCCGCUGUUUGAUUUGCGGUUGCGUGCCAUUGGGCAGGUCACCUUCAACGCCCAGAUUAUCAAGCCGUUCCAGGGCAAGCCGCUGGAGAUAACUGAUUUCGAGACGUACUGGAAGGCGACAAGUCAGGUGGAUGCCGCGACCAUGACGCCAGCAAUGGGCAGCAGCACCUUUGUGACAGGGUCGAGCCUGUCGGGCGACUUUGUUCGCAUCUACGUUCAACACACGAGUGACGGCGUCCCCAUCCUCUGGCCGCAAUGGACUGUCAGCUGCGGCGGCGUUGAUGUGCCCGUGUCACGGCUGAACCUGGCUCAGUUCCGCACGGUCACCGGCAACGGGCCGCACUCUGCCCUCCCCGUCGACGACAUCGCGGCCGUCCACGAUAUCCUCGCCACAUCAGGCGGCACUACCCUCCACGACGCCCUCUCCCUUCUCCCGAGGGGCAUGCACGUCAACAUCCAGGUGCUGUACCCGACAGCCGAGGAGCGGGAGCGAAUGGCCCUGAAGGAGCUCGGCCUGAGCGCCGACCUCAACGCCUACGUGGACGCGAUCCUCGCCGUCGUGUUCGAUCACGCGCGCGCCCAGCGCGCACAGGGCAAGGGCCCGGAGGUGGUGCGGUCGGUUGUCUUCAGCUCAUACAACGAGAGCGUGUGCACGGCGCUCAACUGGAAACAGCCCAACUUCCCGGUGUUCUUGUGUAACGAUCUGGGAAGGCAGCAAGAGGGCCAGGGUGAAGCCGUGGCGCAGCAACCCCGAGCCAGCUCCAUCAAGGAUUCCGUGAGGACGGCGCAGAGCAAUAAUUUCAUGGGGUUGAUCUGCUGCGAGCGGUUGCUGGUGAGUUGCUUGUCCUUCCUGUAUCUAAUUAUGGGGAAUUGUCCAGGGGCUAACCAACAACAACAGGACAUGGUGCCCGCCUUGGUGGACGCCAUCAAGUCGCACGGGCUGGCGCUCGUGGUGGACAAGUCUGGGGGGUCCAAGGCGCCCGAGGUGAGCAACCCGCUGGAUCCGUUCCCGCGGUUGCCGAAAGGGGUGGACGGGGUACUCAAGGGCAACGGCGUGUUACGGUUCAACGAGACGAUAGAUGUGUAGAUGGCGGCGGUGCAUGCAUGCACCGGACACGGGUUGGCUGAAUGGAACAACACGGCACAUAAAAGCAGGGCUGUGGGUUACUGUACCAGCUGCGAAUUCAGCGGAGGGCAUUUGACAGGAGCAAACCGUAAGCAACUCCAACACCGCUUCGUGUCC